AUGGCGGACCAGGAUGCACAUGAAGAACAGCCACGGCGUUCUUCUAGUUUGGAAAGGAAACGGCCCAGUGUUGACGAUGUCAAGAGGGAUAAAAAGAGGAGCAAAGUAGUUACUGCUAACCAGGCCGGCUCUCCUCGUGACUCGCCAGCGCCGGCUGGUGGCGACGAUGUGGGUUGUGCCGGCAGUGUGUACAACAACCCCGUGCCUGGACCUUCAUCUUCUGAUAAAUUAGACACACUUACUUCGCUCUUGAGUGGCCUGAUUGACAAGCUUGAUAAGGGUCACGGUUCCUCUAUGAAUAAUGAUUCCCCUGUUGCUGGUGGUUUUCAUGAUAUGUCCUCCUCUGAUGAGGAUUGUGUUGGGGCUGAGAAUGAUAACUACUGCUCAGACCCUCUCGAUAGUUUGGACACUUUCGACUCUGCCGUUCCUACAGUACAGUCAGCUGUUGACGAUGCUUCCUUUCUCAGAGCUCUGGAUGAUUUCUCUGAUUGUUUUCAUGGUGAUGAGCCUAAAGGUGACCCUAUUUCUGAUCGUUUGGCCUCUAUUUUAAGUGUCAGUCUCAGGCGACGUCCAAAUAGUGAUACUGUGAAAUCUACUUGUAAUCGUUUGAAAGUGCCAAGCAACGUACCGAACAUGACAGUACCUGAAACAAACUCGGCUAUCACUAAGGCUAUGAACAUUGGAGACAAUUUUGUCGGGGGAAAAAUUUUCCUACACAGGUCUCAGUGGCAAUGUUUAACUAAUGACAAGUGGAUAUUGGAUGUAGUGUUGGGUAAUUUUAUUGAAUUUGAGAGGUUGCCUGUGCAGAACUCCAUCCCGAAACCUCUUCAUUUUUCUGCUGCACACCAGUUUGCCUUAGAUGUUGCUUUACAAGCUUUUCUGAAAAAGAAAAUAAUUGAGAGGUGUCAGGAUGGGAAUUCUCCAGGUUUCUUCUCUAAUGUUUUUCCUACUUUUAAGAAGGAUGGCUCGGCCAGGGUUAUUUUGAAUUUGAGAGAUUUCAAUAUCUUUGUUAAGUAUUUUCACUUCAAACUGGACUCUAUUCACAAUGUUAUUCAGCUGGUCCAUCCUAACUGUUUUUUCAUGACUGUAGAUCUGAAAGAUGCUUAUUUCUCUGUACCGGUGAGACCCAAGGAUAGGAAAUGGUUAAGGUUUAUUUGGCAAAAUGAGACCUUCCAGUUCACUUGUUUACCACAGGGACUGACUUCCGCCCCUCGUAUCUUCACUAAACUCUUAAAACCAGUUUUGUCUCAUUUGAGGAAGCUUGGGAUUACAGUCUCCUGUUAUAUAGAUGAUUGCAUUUUCAUUGCCGAGUCAGAGAAAGUACUUAUUGACAAUGUGAGGAGAGACCGCAUUAAGCAACAAGGUAGUUCUUUGCUUAAAGGAGGCACCAGUUUGCAUGCCUUAGCGGUGUUUAUUGGCUUUGCCGUUGCCUCUGAUCCUGCAGUGACUUUAGCUCCCCUGAGAUACAAAUAUCUAGAGAUUGUCAGAAACAAUGAAUUGGUCAAACAUAAAGGCAAUUAUGGUGCAAUAAUUACAUUAGAUGAUCAUGCCAAGGAUUUGGUUCGAUGGUGGGUGGACAAUAUAGAUUCCCAAUCAAAAUCUUUGUUAUGGUCUCCCCCUCAUGUUGAAUUGAAAACGGAUGCUUGUUUGACUGGUUGGGGUGCAAUAUGUGGUAAUGUGAGUACUGGAGGUCAGUGGAGCCAAGAUGAAUUAGACCACAUUAAUUCUCUGGAACUUAAGGCCAUUUUACUAGGUCUGCAAUCAUUAUGUAAGGAUUAUAGCCAAGUGGGAAUUUCCAUACGAUCGGAUAAUACUACAGCUGUUGCUUGUCUAGAUCGGGGUGGUAGUACUAAGUCCAGCCUCAAUAAGCUGACAGAAGAGAUCUUUGCCUGGGCUUUGGCUAGAGGUAUUACUUUGUCAGCAAAGCACAUCAAAGGACUUGAUAAUGUGGAGGCAGACAAAGAAUCUAGGAUUAAGAAUUUGGAUACCGAGUGGAUGUUGACACCUCAUAUUUUCAGAAUGCUUUGUGGGAAGUUUUUUACACCAGAUACUGAUCUUUUUGCAUCCAGAAUUAAUGCUCAAUGUAAUUGGAAGGGUGUUGAGGAAAAUUCGGGAGGACGAGGCAACUGUGAUGUCAAUCCUGCCUCUUUGGCCAACUCAGGGUUGGUUUCCGUUUGCACUGAUGUUGUUGGCAGAAUCACCGGUCCUGCUCCCUCGAGAGUGCCUGGUGUUGCCUCAAGAUCCGAGCCUCACACACCCACAGGCACCCAAGUUGAGAAUGGCUUCAAUGAUCCUCUCGGGCAAUCCUUUGAAAACCGAGGUCUUUCGAAGGAAGUUGCCGAAUUUCUCCUUAGAUCAUGGAGACACGGUACAAAAUUGCAAUAUGGGUCUCAUAUCAAGAAGUGGGUGUCAGUUUGUGUCAGCAGGGAAAUUGAUCCAUUUUUACCACCUUUGAAAUUUCUGCUAGAGUAUCUGUUAAUUGAGUUUAACAAAGUCAAUGGACGGAGCUAUAGUACCAUGAAUUCCAUUCGAUGUGCCAUUUCAGCUAUUGCCACUAUUGACGACAAACCUUCAGGCCAACAUCCUUUAGUUAGAAGAUUCAUGAAAGCAGUUUUUCAGGUUAGACCUUCUUUCCCGAGGUGUACUUCUAUCUGGGAUCCAGAGAUAGUCCUGAACCACAUUCGAAGUUUAGGAAUGAAUGAUUCUCUAUCCUUACUUCAUUUGUCUAAAAAAUUGAUAAUGUUGAUGCUUUUGGUGUCUGGCCAAAGGGGCCAGACCCUUCACCUGCUUGACACCAGAAACAUGACCAUUUCCGCAGAUAGGAUUUCGUUUACUAUAGGUGAUCUACUCAAAACUUCCCGACCAGGUAACCAUCUCUCAGAAAUUGUUUUUACGGCUUUCACACCAGACAAACAUUUAUGUGUUUAUACUGCCAUGUUGUGUUAUUUGAAAAGGACUGAUAGUAUCAGGGGUAGUUUUACUAGGUUUUUCCUUACUUCCAAACCCCCUAUUAGAGUUGCCUCUAGGGACACGUUACGUCGGUGGACGAGAGCCAUUAUGAAAGAUGCUGGUAUUGAUCUUUCUGUGUUUGUUCCUCAUUCCACCAGAAGUGCUUCCACAAGCAAAGCAUCAAUGUCUCUUCCUCUGUCUGUUAUUUUGGAAACUGUGGGAUGGUCUCGGGAAUCCACCUUUGCCUUACAUUAUAAAAAACCUCUGUGUAAGCAGGGACGGUUUGGAGAAGCAGUGUUAUCUUGA